AUGACUAGGUUAACAUAUUUUUGUUUGUCUUUUUUUUUUUUUUUUCUUUUAACAAAAGUUACUAAUUCAUUCGAAUUUGAUCCUGGUAAUAUCUCGCAUAAUCAAUUUAGCUUUACUGAAAUUAAUGUAAAUAAAUUAAAAAUUGCAGAUCCUCCUUAUACAGUUUUUAAUUUUGCAACGGAAGUCGUAAAUACACAUGAUAUCAUUGAAAAUGAACUUCAAAAAAAAGAGAAAAAAGCUAUGAGAAGGUUUAAAUAUGAUUUAGAUGAAAAAAUAGAUAGAUCUAAUAAAAUCUUAAACAAAAUUUUAAAGGACAGCAAAGCAUUUUUCGAAAAAGAAUGA